GCUGAGGCUUCUUGAUAAAGUUUUAGCGGAGGAAAGGGCUAUUAGACCAAUUUACUGUUAUAAAUUUAAACAGACAAUAUCCAAUUAAAGGAAGGAUUUUAUUUUAUCCUCAUCUUUCCGGAUGGAUGGUGCUUCUACCAAACAUGGCAUGGCUAAGGACCAUAUGAGCAAAGAUCAUACUGAGGGUAUGAGAGCGAGGCCUCUGCAUGUUACUGAGCCAAUUGCUGCAAGGCUUGGUGUGGACUAUCCAUUCCCUCCUCAUCUUGAGUAUGCCUAUCCUCCUCCAGAUGGUAAUAUCCUGACCAACAUUGUAAAUGCCCUCAUAGCUGUCCCUCGCUUUUAUACACAGGUGUUGCACUUAAUGAACAAGAUGAACAUUCCAGCUCCAUUCCGAUUGCCUCUACCCACUCCGCCUCUCCCACCUUCCAUUCCUGCACCACCAUCACCAUCACUAACGUUGCCACCACCUCCUCUUCCUACCACUCCAAGGCCCCACGUGACAAAUAUGUCCAGUGAUGAGUCAGAAAUGGAGUCCUCAGAAGAGGAAGUGGAAGGAAAAUAUCAUUCAAGUGGAGUCUCAAAAACUGCAAAAUUAGGAAACAAGCGUUCUAGGUGUGAAACAAUUGUAGGCCCCGGUAUAGACAAAGAUGUGGCUCAUGAGGCUGUUGGGGUGAAACCUUCCCCAUUGGUCCCAAAAGAGAUUCCGAUGAUAAAAAAGAACCCAGUGUUUCAGAUUAAAAUUGUUCCUAAAGUGAUUCACGAUGGAAAGGAUGAUACUAUUAAUAAUGAGCUAGAAGAGCCAGAGAAAGAAGAACCAGAUCUUAAACCCUAUGCAACACUUGAAGAUUUAGAGAGAGGAAAAUUGCCUCCAGAAGAAAUUCUAUCACUUCCAAUGUUCAAGAACUAUACUGCUGGGAGUCCUACUUCGGUGUUGUAUAUUAAGAACCUAGCAAAAGAUGUAGUGAAUGAUGACCUCUACUACAUAUUCGGAUCAUUAUUUGGAGGUAUUGAUGAUGCCAAAUCUGCUCUCACUGUGAAGCUAAUGCAGGAGGGAAGAAUGAGGGGCCAAGCCUUUGUAACAUUUCCAUCUAUUGAACUUGCACAACAUGCUUUGAAUCUAGUAAAUGGUUAUGUAUUCAAAGGCAAGCCAAUGAUUAUCCAGUUUGGGCGUAAUCCGGGAGCUGCCAAGGGGAGUUAAAUGUUUGCUUCUAGUACCACUGAGCCAGUAUAAAGCCUAUGCUGUCCUCGACGGGCAUGUUUGUAUCAAUGCUGUGAGCUAUUGGAGUCCUUAAUGUUGUUUAUGCAUGCACAGAAAGGGCGGAGCCGAAACUUUUCAUCGAGAGGGGCAAAGUUUUACCUUCUAACAUCUCUUAUUUAUAAUCUUCCAAUUUUGAAGCAUGUCCAGAAGAAAGCUGUCUGAAUGAAAUGAGGUUGUACCAUUUGGCUUUCGAAGAUGCUGAUGAGGGUAGUAGUGAAGGUCGACAUCACAACUAGAAAUUUUCCUUUUUGUCUAUCAAUCAAAAGUUUGUUUUUAUUUUUUUUGGUAAAAAAGAAAAAACUAGAAGUACAAUUUUCCAGGGAUGAUUGUGCAAUUAUGAGUUAGGUUAGAUUGAGAGGUAUUUUGUUAGACUUGAGUCGAAGUGUUCGGGUUGUAUAUAUGUCCAACUUGAGGAGUAUUGAUUAGGUGAUUGGACUCGACUCAACUAUUUAGUAUUUGGGUUGCAUUAGUUUAUACGGUUUAGGUCAUGUAUUUUAGAGUUGUGUAAAAGAGGAUUAAAAGUAGAAGUUCAAGAAUCUAUUUAUCUCCGGUGGAUAAAAAGUAGUUUA